AAGGACGUCUCUCUCUCUCUCUCUAUCUCUCUCUCUCUCUCUCUCUCUCUCUCUCUCUCUCUCUCAUCCUUUAUCGUCUCUAUCCACCUCUAAAAGCAACCCUUCAAAACCCUAGAAAUCCUCGAAUUCCGAGCUGCGAUUUGGACUGAAAUUAAUCUUGUCCGAGUUGUCGAGCUCGAAUCGAGCUGGGGCUCGAACUUGAUCGUGCAAUUUUACGGCUAAUCUCGCGUGUGUUCUAGAUUGAGGUCUGGAUUUGCGGUCCGAGCCUUGGGGAUAAUGUCUUCGUUGAGCCGAGAAUUGGUGUUUCUCAUACUGCAAUUUCUCGAGGAAGAGAAAUUCAAGGAGUCUGUUCAUAGGCUUGAGAAAGAAUCAGGGUUCUUCUUUAACAUGAAGUACUUUGAGGAGAUAGUUCUGGCCGGAGAAUGGGAUGAAGUUGAGAAGUACUUGUCGGGGUUUACCAAAGUCGAUGAUAACAGAUACUCGAUGAAGAUAUUCUUCGAGAUUAGGAAGCAGAAGUAUCUUGAGGCUCUUGAUCGGCAAGACAAGGGAAAGGCAGUCGAGAUAUUGGUGCAGGACUUGAAAGUUUUCUUGACUUUCAACGAGGAACUUUACAAAGAAAUCACCCUGCUUCUGACUUUGAACAACUUCAGGGAAAAUGAUCAGCUUUCCAAGUAUGGAGACACUAAAACUGCUCGGGGUAUAAUGCUGAUGGAACUGAAAAAACUUAUUGAAGCAAAUCCUCUUUUUCGUGAUAAAUUGGUGUUUCCUUCUUUGAGAUCUUCGAGACUGCGGACUCUGAUCAACCAAAGUCUGAACUGGCAGCAUCAGUUGUGCAAGAACCCUAGGCCAAAUCCAGACAUUAAGACUUUAUUCAUCGACCAUACAUGCUCUCCUCCGAACGGUCCUCUUGCAGCUUCACCCGUCAAUCUUCCUGUUGCUGCCAUGGCGAAGCCGACUGCUUAUCCAUCGCUAGGAGCUCAUGGGCCGUUUCCCCCUGGUGCUGCGGUUGCUAAUGCUGGUGCUCUAGCCGGUUGGAUGGCUAAUGUCUCUGGUCCUGCUGCUCUCCAAGCUGCUGUUGUCACACCUUCAGCAAUGCCCAUUCCUCAGAAUCAAAUUUCAGUCUUGAAGCGACCCAGGACGCCACCAGCAACUCCAGGUAUAGUAGAUUAUCAGAAUCCUGACCAUGAACUAAUGAAACGACUCCGGCCUGCUCCAUCUGUAGAGGAGGUGACAUAUCCUGUAUUUAGACAGCAAGCUCCAUGGUCGGUGGAAGACUUGCCAACAAAGGUGGCUUUGUCGUUGCACUUAGAGUCCGCUGCCACUAGCAUGGAUUUCCACCCCUCACAGCAAACAUUACUUCUUGUUGGUUCUGCUGCGGGCGAAAUCAUUCUAUGGGAACUCGCUGUUCGAGAAAGGCUGGCUUCAAAGCCAUUCAAGGUCUGGGAUAUGCCUAAUUGUUCAUCACCGUUUCAGGCUUCUAUGGUUAACAAGAAACCGAUAUCUGUCACUCGUGUUGCAUGGAGUCCAGAUGGCAGUUUCAUUGGGGUUGCAUUUACAAAACAUCUUAUUCACCUGUACGCUUACACCGGGCCUAAUGAUCUUCGCCCGCAUAUUGAGAUUGAUGCCCAUGUGGGUUCCGUGAACGACUUGGCGUUUGCUCAUCCGAAUAAACAACUAUGCGUAGUUACUUGCGGAGAUGAUAAGCUAAUCAAGGUGUGGGAUCUUUCUGGCCGGAAGCAUUUUACAUUUGAAGGACACGAGGCUCCUGUCUAUUCCGUCUGUCCUCAUCACAAAGAGAACAUUCAGUUCAUAUUUUCAACAGCUAUAGAUGGAAAGAUAAAGGCAUGGCUUUAUGAUAAUAUGGGUUCCAGAGUUGACUAUGAUGCUCCUGGUCGCUGGUGUACAACUAUGCUUUACAGUGCUGAUGGGAGCAGAUUGUUCUCCUGUGGGACGAGUAAAGAAGGAGAUUCUUUCUUAGUUGAGUGGAAUGAGAGUGAAGGAGCAAUCAAGAGGACCUAUCUCGGGUUUAGGAAAAAAUCUGCCGGCGUGGUUCAGUUCGACACCACAAAGAAUCAUUUUCUGGCCGUCGGGGAAGAUGGGCAGAUUAAGUUCUGGGAUAUGGACAACACCAAUCCUCUGACCAGCAUUGAUGCCGAGGGUGGACUUCCGACCCUUCCUCGUUUGAGGUUCAACAAGGAAGGAAAUCUUCUUGCUGUUACUACAGCUGAUAAUGGAUUUAAGAUAUUAGCAAACACAGCUGGGUUCAGAUCUCUGAGAGCCAUGGAAAGUCCAGCUUUUGAAGCAUUACGAACCCCUGUUGAUUCUUCUUCUAUGAAAGCUGUUUCUGGUGCUCCUGUUGUGUCUGCCACUGCUGUCAGUUGUCAAGUUGAACGGGGCUCACCCGCCAUAUUACAAAUGCCGAACGGAGUUGAUCCCUCCAAGUCAAGAGUUGAUGACGCAACGGACAAGACCAAACCUUGGCAAUUGUCUGAAAUCCUCGACUCUGUUCAAUGUCGCCAGGUCACUUUGGCCGACAGCACAGACUCGUCCACAAAGGUGAUUCGGCUUCUUUACACGAAUUCUGGAGUCGGGAUCUUAUCUCUCGGUUCAAAUGGUAUACAGAGGCUAUGGAAAUGGGCUCGCAAUGAACAAAACCCUAGUGGCAAGGCCACUGCCAGUGCGGUCCCUCAGCAUUGGCAGCCGAGCAGUGGUCUUCUCAUGACCAAUGACGUCUCGGGUGUGAACCUCGAGGAGGCGGUUCCCUGCAUAGCUCUCUCGAAAAACGACUCGUACGUCAUGUCAGCUGCGGGUGGAAAGGUUUCAUUGUUCAACAUGAUGACUUUCAAGGUGAUGACAACUUUCAUGGCACCUCCACCAGCAUCGACAUUCUUGGCCUUCCAUCCUCAGGAUAACAACAUCAUCGCCAUCGGUAUGGAGGAUUCCACCAUUCACAUCUACAAUGUCCGAGUAGACGAGGUGAAAUCUAAACUGAAGGGUCACCAGAAACAUAUAACAGGCUUAGCCUUUUCUACAACUCUGAGCAUCUUGGUUUCAUCUGGUGCCGAUGCUCAGAUAUGUUUUUGGAGCAUUGACACAUGGGAGAAGAAGAAAUCGGUUACGAUCCAGAUGCCGGCAGGAAAAGCGCCCACCGGAGAAACACGGGUUCAGUUCCAUGCCAAUCAGAUUCGUAUCUUGGCAGUCCAUGAGACGCAACUGGCGAUAUACGAUGCUUCCAAGAUGGAAUGCAUCCGACAGUGGAUUCCGCAAGAUGGGUUGUCCGGUCCGAUAUCUUCGGCAGUUUAUUCGUGCAACAGCCAGUUGAUAUAUGCCGCCUUCCGUGAUGGCAACAUCGGAAUUUUUGACGCCGACAGUCUUCGGUUAAGAUGCCGAAUCGCUCCCACCGCCUACUUGCCUCGAGGGAGCCAGGGCUUGGCCCCUCUGGUCGUGGCGGCUCAUCCGCAAGAGCCGAACCAGUUUGCGAUCGGUUUAACCGAUGGGUCGGUUAAGGUGAUAGAACCGACCGAACCGGAGGGCAAAUGGGGGAUGGCUCCACAGUCGGAGACGAUGAAUAGCAUGACGACUUCGUCAUCCACCACAAGCAACCAUGCCUCCGAACAGUUAAGAAGAUGAGAGAGAAAGUUAGUCUUCUUGCACUUUGUAAUGAAAUCUCACUUCACUUUGUAGAUGUUUUUUCCCCCACCGCUCUAGUACGGCAACGAUAUCUUAAUGUAAAAAAAAAAAGCCUUCGUAGUGUUAGAAUUCCAAAGGAAACUGAAUUUCCUUCUCAUUUUCGGAGUUUAGUUUUGUAACAAAGCUUAAUUAAAAUUCAUUUUGAAGUCA